UGCGGAGUGGAGUGAGUUAUGCAGAGUGGAGUUAUGCGGAGUGGAGUUAUGCAGAGCCUUCUGGGUCCAAACCCUACCCAUAGGCUGUGGGCGCAGAAGGCCCCUGACACAGCUGAACUGGCAUGAUUCCACUACAUGGGGAGAUCAGCAUGUCUGCACAGCAGAUCAUGCACACUCUUUGUGCCAGAGCUAACUCUCUGGGGGCAGGAUGGCGACAGGCAGAAUUUGGGAGCAGGCUGGGGUUGGAAUAUCCAAUGCUAUGAUGAUUCUCACAAAAGAGGCAUGAUAUGGAGCCUAUUCCAACCCUUAUGCUGGAGUUGAAUGGAAAAAAAGGAUUCCUCCCCACCUCCCCCUCUGAAGGGCCCCAGCAUCUAAUCAAGUUACUUAGAGCUGGGCCGGGGUUACUUUGGGAUUGUUCAUAGUUAUUUGUUUGUUUAGCAAGGACAAUAUAGCUCGUGUCUAGUGACGCAGGAUUGAAAGCGCCUACUUGUUUGUUUAUGAUGACACCUCUGCCUUAGUAUGCAGUUGUCCGGUGAAAAUGUGACCUUGCUUUCAGAGCCCUGGAUGUGCGUGAAAAUAGAGACCUAUUAGCAGAGAAUGAGUGAGACUCAAAUCUGGACUCUCAUCGAUAAGGAAUCAGAAUGUCACGACUUUCUGUUACUUCGAGCCUGUCUGAAAAUCCCUAGAAGUCAGGAAUUUGGCUUUGGCUCCCUCGUCCUUGGUCCUGCGAGUUAGAUGAGAGAAACAUGACUUACUAGUAAAAAAACUCUCUCUAUUUUGGGCCCCAUACCAUUUCUCUCUGCAGGAUGAGUCAGCGGUUGGAGCCGCUGCCAACGCUGUUGUUUCUGCACUCGCUGGGACUCUUGUCAUAAUAUUUAGAUAAGGGGAGAGCACCGAUAUGGAUUUUUUUGCAAGUGGGUGGGAUUGCUUAAGAGAGAAAAUAAGAGUCAUCCCAAAAUUCACGAUCCCAUAUACCCCCCAUUACACACUCUGCAGGUGAUGAAACAAAAGAAAAAGGGGGAGAGGGACACUAAGAAAUUACCUUCCUGUCUAGGUUGUAUGAGGCUUUCGAUCAUACAGAAUUCCAUCCAGCUACUUUGCCAUGUGCAGUCAAGACAACGCGGUCUCCAUACAUCCACAGCACACAGACACCAGCUGCCAAGCAAAUACAGUGGAUGAUGGAGUGUAAAACAGCAGAGCAACAUGUCAGGAGUUCAACCAGCCCAGGGGCAAAGAGAGCCAUUGGGGAAGGUCUGGGUCAUGGUACUUGGCUUGUCUGUGGCACUAAUGUCAAAGCCUGGAUAGGUGGCUGAGAAGGGAGGAAGGGCCACUGUGGCUCUGUUCCUGGAGCUAUCAGCUGUUUGGUGGCUUGGCACAGAUCCCUUGGCUGCAUAGGGGUCGUAGCACUGGCCUAAGGCUGUCACUGCCUGCAUGCCAGCUAUCACUGAAGACAAUAAUCAAAUAUCAGCCUUGUGAGAUCUGGCAUAAAACAGGGUUGAAGAACUUCAAGCCUCCAACCUUUUACUUAGACAACUGUUGUGAGGUACAGCUUACUCCAGGCAUGAUCUAAUACAUACAACAUUAAGGGUGACUCUCCACCCUUAAUUUUCCCUCUUUUGCUUCUGUGGUGCUUGGAGUCUGAGAUCAGUGCAGGCAGUAAUCACAUGUGUUAUAUACCCCGUGGAACUUUGCAUAGCAGGAGAAAUGAGAAUAAAGGCAGGCAGAAGAUGGCUACAAAGAUUACGGCCACAACAAACACCCAAAGAGAAACAAUAGGUCAUGAGGAGUACAGUCUGUACAGUAGCAUGAGUGAAGACGAGCUUAUUCAACUGGCCAUAGAACAGAGCCUGACAGAGGAUCCCUCAGGUCAGUCAGCUGCCCAGAGUCAUCAGAAAUCAGUCAUGACAGCCCCAGGAGAGCCGCCUACGUUGACACGUCCUUGCUCUCAUAAUCCACCACACCAGAUCAAUCCUUGGCACAGGUUGGCAGCCCAGACCGGAGGCCAAGCUCCAGGGUCAUCUUGGGGGGUCAGACGAAGGUACGACGGCAGCCUGUUCAUCACCCCCCAGCCUGUAGAGCUGGAUCCUGUAGUGGAAGCAAUCAAGGAAGGAGAUGAAAGUGCCCUGCUCAAUAUGAUGAAAUCAGGGAAGAACCUUUCCGAACCUAAUAAGGAUGGAUGGAUACCACUGCACGAAGCUGCCUACUACGGCCAAGUAGGCUGCCUGAAAGUGUUGCAAAGAGCAUACCCUGGAACCACUGAUCAGCGUACGCUUCAGGAAGAGACAGCGCUGUACAUAGCAACAAGCAGGGGAAACCUGGACUGUCUACUUUCUUUGCUGCAAGCCGGGGCUGAACCUGAUAUUACAAACAAGUCCAGGGAGACUCCACUCUAUAAAGCCUGUGAACGCAAAAACAUCGAAGCUGUAAGGAUGCUGGUGCAGUACAAUGCCGAUGCAAACCACCGGUGCAAUCGGGGAUGGACUGCUCUCCAUGAGGCCGUUUCUCGGAAUGACAUAGAAAUAAUUGAUAUCCUGAUCAAAGGGGGAGCCAAGAUUGAAAGCAAGAACACCUAUGGGAUCACCUCUUUAUUUGUAGCUGCCGAGGGUGGGCAGUUAGAUGCUUUGCGAUACCUUGCCAAGUGUGGGGCUGAUAUCAACACCCAAGCCAGCGAUAGUGCCUCUGCUCUUUAUGAAGCCUGUAAAAAUGGACAUGAAAAGGUGGUGGAGUUUCUCUUGUCCCAAGGUGCAGAUGCUAACAAAACCAAUAAGGAUGGUUUAUUACCUCUUCAUAUAGCAUCCAAAAAAGGCAAUUAUGAGAUAGUCAAAAUGCUGCUCCCCGUGACCAGCCGCACUCGGGUCAAGCGCAGCGGGAUCAGUCCACUCCAUCUUGCGGCUGAGCGCAACAACAAUGACAUCUUGGAAGAGCUAAUUGAGGCCGGCUAUGAUGUGAACACCACCCUCUCCUUUGAGAGAGCUCGGCUCUACGAGGACAGGCGCAGCACCGUCCUCUACUUCGCCGUCAUUAACAAUAACAUCUACGCCACAGAGCUGCUGCUGCAAGCCGGCGCCAACCCCAACAUCGAUCUUAUCAACCCCCUGCUAAUCUCCAUUCGCCACGGUUGCCUGAAAACCAUGAAGCUGCUUUUAGACCACGGGGCGAAUAUUGAUGCGUACAUUUCUAGCCAUCCCACUACUUUCCCAGCCACCAUCAUGUUUUCAAUGAAGUACCUCAGUCUCCUCAAAUUUCUAAUGGAUCUGGGCUGUGAUGCCGACUCCUGUUUUAAGUGUCAGUACGGAAAUGGCCCACAUCCUGUGCUGGAUCAUAGAAGGGACAGAUUGGAUGAUACCCCGGUGAACAAACAGCCAAACAUAGUACAAUUUUGUGAUAUGGUGUCUGCUCCGGAGAUGAAUCGCUGGGCCGGGCCUAUUAUCGAUGUUCUCCUGGAUUAUGUGGGCAAUGUGCAGCUCUGUGCCCGGCUAAAGGAGCACAUAGACAGCUACGAGGACUGGGCAGUUGUUAAAGAGAAAGCAGAGCCCCCCAGGCCUCUCGCUCACCUUUGCCGGAUCAAGGUUCGAAACGUGAUUGGGAGAAACCGCAUUACACUGAUUGACACUUUGCCUCUGCCGGGCAGACUGAUUCGAUACCUACAGUAUGAUUAUUCACAGUGACCUCGUGCAAACCUGGUGAUCAGCAGCUUCCUUGUGCAACAACCCAAUUCAUUAGAGAGGAGAAUAUUCACAUGAUCAUGUUGAACAAACUGCAUGAUGGGAAUGAACCUGCGUCACAUGUCACACAGGAUCACCCCAUAGCUAAUCGGUGUGCAUUACAAUGCUGGAAAGGGAGAGAGAAGAAACAGAGAGUGAAAGACACAGAGUGACACAGACAGGACAGACUAUCCUUUGAUUUUUUUUUUCCAAAAGAAAACAAGUGCUUUGGAAUGUUACACACCUCAGAGAUCUGUAGGGAAGGGGACAGGAACGCCAGCACUGAAAAACUAGCAGAGUCAAAGCCACGUGACAUUGCGGGAUUCAAAAAGGACCUGAGGGUCUUUCAGAAGUUAGAGUUCUUCAGUGCUCAGGAGUCAGUAAUUGUCAAGAAUCUGCAUAUCUAGGGAAACAAUCACAUUUCCCUGAAUGUUAUUUUGUUUUCUGUCAUGUUAGACUGAGCGGUUUGCUGGUUGCUAAUUCUCUGGUACCUUGACAUUAUCUCUCUCACCUAUUUAUUUUUUGUUUCCUUGGCCUUUUCACUUGAUUUCCAAGCGUUCAAAACUCAGAGCUUUUGAGAAGAUUUUUUCUCCCCAACAAAGACAUUUUGUAAAUAUUGGUGCAAACCAAGAAGACUUGACUCAUCCUAAACUCCUGUUAAAGUCAGUGGACAUUUUAUUUGAGUAAAAAUACCAGGACUGAAGGAUUUAGCUCACAGUAAAUACUGUUUGUGGUAUAUUAAAUGUGCAUAAGAAGUAGACAGGGCUCUGGUGUAAAUGAAUUUCUGCAGUGAAGAUCCAAAAGCAAUUCUGAACUCCUUUUAACUGGUGUAAAUCCGAAAUAGCAUCACAGAAGUCAAUGGAUUUUCUCCACCAUAAAAUUGCUGUGAGAGCAGAAUCAGGCCCUGAAAUUCAGGUGACAGAUUUUAGUGAAGCCAAGACACUGAGCUACUGUUACUUGUAGAAGAGUCAGAUUAUUUCAAAAUUAUAAACACUGGCACUAAGAUUUUCAAAAAUUAGGCUCCUAUGUCCUUAUUUAUGCAUUUAAAUAGUGCCAGAUUAUGAUACACUUACACUGAACAUUUAUGCCACAAGUAAUUUCAUUGAAGUCAGUGAGCGGACUUGUGCAGUAAGGUGCUACUCAAGGAAAAUUACAGUAUCAUAAUUUGUCCCUAAGUGGCCUGAAUUUCAAAAGUGCUGAGUACCUGGAAGCUCCCACUGACAUCAAUGGAAGCUGCUAGAUUUCAGCCCCUUUGAAAAUCAAAUCACUUAUUUGGCACCUAUAUAAGGAUUUACAUUAGACCCCUAUCUUUGCCAAUCUGGGGGGAGGGAUAGCUCAGUGGUUUGAGCAUUGGCCUGCUAAAUCCAGGGUUAUGAGUUCAAUCCUUGAGGGGGCUACUUGGGGAUCUGGGGCAACAUCAGUACUUGGUCCUGCUAGUGAAGACAGGGGGCUGGACUCAAUGACCUUUCAAGGUCCCUUCCCAUUCUAGGAGAUGGGAUAUCUCCAUUUAUUUCUAAUCUUGGCCUAGAAAUACACAGGAUCUUCACCCUCUUAUUGUAAACACAAAAGGAGUUUUGGGCUUCAGUCUGAUUUGGAUUCAUACCAGAGAUUAUCUGCACGUCCAACCAUACAUACAUUAGGUAUGGUUUUGUGUGUUGACCUGCCCACCAGAUACUGAUUCAGACAGAAAUCUAAGCAAAGCAGGAGAAAUACAGUUAUUCGUGACAAACGGGGCUGCAUUGCACAAAGGUUUCUUCUUGUAGACUUGUACACCUGACCACAAAACUAUAAGUGUAUUGCAUGCAUGCAUGUCUGCUUUUGCCCAAAGUUUGGGGUGAAAUUCCGCAAGCGCUGGAAGGUAUGGGAUGUAAGCAUCAGUAGCAACAACUGCAGCUAAUUGCACCUGUGUGUUGACUGUUCCCUUCCAAAAUGCAAUGGCAGUUGAGAAACCAACGCCGUUUCAAUUCAGAUUGAGCUGUGAUCCUCUAGCAGAGCUGUGAAGAAAGUGAUUAGUGCCUGGCCAGCUCCUCAGCUAGUGAAAAUGGGGAAAGCCCCACCCAUUGUCUUCAUUUACUCCCGCUGAUGUUCUGGCCCCUCAUUCUCAGGUCUAACAAUGAGGCUGACCAUUUUUCCUCCUCCGGUGGGUAUCUCCUGCUUUGGUGAACUACACUCCAGACACUCUGUCAGGGUUGAAAGGGAGAUGAAGGACAGAAGAGAUGCCAAACAGCAGGCUAUUUCCCAUUCUAAAAACAAUAAUGGGCCAGAUCCUGCAAGAUGCUGAGCAGCUCGAUAUA